AUGGAAGCGAAGUGGUUGAAAUAUUUAUUUCCCGCAGCUCCGCAUCAUCCGGCACUGUGAGAUCGCCCGUCCCCGUGCCGAGCUCAUAUCAGUUUAUUAUUACGAUUAGCGGCGUGUCGUCUUUCGGAGCGCGCAAGCAGCAGCUCUGGAGCAGCCCGAAGAUCACGACCUUUGCAACGAAAUCGAACAGCAACGUAUAAAAGCCAAUACGGGUUGCGAUUAAUUCAUUGUCCGUUGACGAUUACGGUGUGUUCGAGUGGUUUUGCGAGCGUGUUUUGAAGUGCUUUUCGUGUUACGAACAUGUUAACCGGGAAGAUGUUAUGUUUCGCCGUGCUAGUGGUGCUCGCUGGCACAGCAAUGGCGGAUGUCUCGAACCAAAUCGACGUUGACGCUAUUCGGGAACGACUGCCGGCAAAUCUUCCGAUCCCGUCCAUGGAAGAGGUGGAAAAGAUGCUGCAGGACAAGUGUAACACGGCUGGGGCACCUGCCGAUGCGUACAAUAAUGCGAAGGAAGCGGCGAAAACGUUUGUCGAGUGUGGACAGGGACUGAUUGAUAUAGAGCAGUUUCAGCAGGAAGUGGAGGCCGCCAAACCGACCGGAGAUCUGGACACGGUCUUCAACAAGUACUGUCGCAAACGGUCCACGUUGAUCGAGUGCGUGAACACAUUCGCGAACGCAGUAGAUCCGUGCCUGGAGGCAGAGGAGAAGGUGUUCAAGACGUCUGGGUUGGAUAUCUUUAAGAACCUGCUGAACUUCGUGUGCCACAAGGAUGGUGACCAGAUUGCACUGUUCAUCGCGGAACAGGGGCCCGAAUGUUUCCUGGAGCAGAAGAAUGACUUGAUUGCGUGCGUCAAUGAAACAUUAUCCGGCUAUGUCCCGGACACUAGUCUGACCUCCAUCCCGAAGCUAGUCAUAGGACCAAAGCAAUGCGAGGACUUUACCAAGCUGCAAAAAUGCAUGGUUCGGGAGCUGGAGCAGUGCAACGAAUCGACACCGGCCAACCUAGUCGAAUCGUUAUUCCGAUACGUCCGCAAGGGAUCACCGUGUGCGAACAAUGCGGGCCGUUAA